GAUUUCUUCUGUCGGUCAGUGGUGCUUUUUGGUCAACUCACUCAUUCACUGAACGUGCUCCUGUGACUAGCCAGCAUCUCAUGUCAUAGAGUGGGUGGGAGGUAUUAUCUAACAGUAUCUUUAUCUUGGAAAACAUCUGCCUCUCAGACACCACCCUAACGGAGUCCAGCUCCAUCCCCACAACAUUACUGGCCUUGUGGAUCAGUUAAUUUAGUCUGUUGGCAUCUGUGACCCUCAACCUGCUGCCCCAGCAUGCAACAGCAUAGAAGAUAGCACUGACCACAACAGAGAUACAAUGAGAUAACAUCAAUUAGUAGGGAUAGUGAAGUGUCACUUGGCUAUGAUAGUAAACAGUAGACACUGAUGUAGCUUACUGAAUCUUUUGGACUGUGUUCAGCACAAUAUUAUAUUAUUAUAUUGUUGAUUUGUCCUGUUCUCAUUGUAUGACGAAUUAUAAUGGCUGUUCGUUAGCCGUUUGCAUAGCCGUUUGCAUACUAUGCAUACUCUCUCUCCAGAGGCCUGCCUAUAUAUCUGAACAGGAACUCAGGAGCAAUCCCACCCCUGAAACACAAAGGCGUGGUUAACUGUUCACACACAGAGUGAGAGAGAAACAAGGGAAGCAGAAGCACACACACUCUAAAAACAAAAGAAACACGGCUUAAGACAAGAUUGAAGAGAGAAAGAUUCACACGAAGCACCAUUGUCUUGGCAGCAUCUGACAGCCACAAUGUUGCACUACAGAGUGAACGACAACACCAUGAAGUUCCUGGUGAUUCUAUAUGGGGCAGCGUUGUUGCUGGUCUGCGGCUGGUACGUGCACCUCAGCCUCUAUGACCCACCCCCAUCCAAUGACAAAGUCCACGUUCUGCUGCUGUCAUCGUGGCGAUCAGGCUCAUCCUUCAUGGGCCAGGUGUUCAGUCAGCACCCGUCUGUCUUCUACCUUAUGGAGCCCGGUUGGCAUGUGUGGACCCAGCUGAAGCAAAAUGGUGCACAGGCGCUUCGAAUGGCAGUGAGGGAUCUCUUACGGAGCCUGUUCCACUGUGACUUCUCAGUGAUGGAGUCCUACCUUCCAGAGAACCAGAAAGAAAUGUUUACGUGGAGUCACAGUCGAGCUCUGUGCUCGCCUCCAGUCUGUCCUCUCACGCCACGUAAUCAGCUCAGCAACCAGACACACUGCUUACAGAACUGUAAGCCUCGAGACCUGAAGACUGUAGAGGAGGUGUGUGGCUUUUAUUCUCAUGUGGUGUACAAGGAAGUGCGUAUCUUUGAGCUGGAAUCACUUUAUCCACUUUUGCAGGACCCAAACUUAGAUCUCCGCAUCAUCCACUUGGUCCGAGACCCACGGGCAGUGGUGCGGUCUAGGGAAGAGUCAGCCAGGGCCUUUGUCAGUGAUAACGCUAUCGUCUUGGAACAGAAACGCAUCAAGGAAGCAGAGGUACAGUAUCAGGUCAUGCAGGAGAUCUGUCGCAGCCAUGUGCGUAUCAAUGAGAGGGCGGUCGUGAAGCCACCUCCAUUUCUAAAAGGCCGUUACAAAUUGGUUCGCUAUGAGGACAUGGCACGCAACCCACUCCAGGAGAUCAAAUCCUUGUAUCAGUUUGUAGGUCUGGAGAUGACCACGCAACUGGCCACAUGGAUCUAUAAGGUGACCCACGGAAAAGGGAAAGGCUCCAUUCAAGAGGCUUUCGACAUCACAUCGCGGAGUGCCACUGACACCUCUCAGGCUUGGCGCACCAUGCUGCCGCACAACAAGGUCAAACGAGUACAGGAAGUGUGUGAAGAGGCCAUGUCUUAUCUCGGGUACAGGACGGUAAACAGUGAAAUAGAGCAGAAGAGUCUCUACGUAGAUCUGCUGGUACCACGAGAACAGCUCAGCUGGUCACAUGAUAAAACACCACAGCUGGAUGACAGUUACAACACAAAGUCAAAGACUUUAUGGCAGAUGCACAACACAAAGAACUAGAUUAGGGUACCACAGACCGACUGUUAAAAACUGUCAUAAUAUCCAUUUUUAAAGCACAGACACUGUUAGUGGAGAGGCAAGAUUGAUAUGUGAAAAGGAAGCACAGUAUUCUGUUUAUGUACAUUUAGUGUUUGCAUGCCACGAUGAAAUAGUCACAUGACUCAUUUCCUGAAGUGUCUGUAAAAGUAGACAAAGCUUUAAGCAGAUAAAGUAAUCUCACUUAAGUUAUUUAUUUAUUCAUUGCUGCAAAAUGA